UUGAAAAGCAAGUGGCGGAGCUUUCGGAGCGCGGCAUAAAGUCGCCUUUUCCCGCCGAUCGGCUCUUUGUGGACGCGCCGGCGAACAACAUGGAAGGAGAACCAAGCUGCCUGGAAGGCCACACUCCCCAUCUUGCCAAGAGAAAGAAAAAGCAUUCUGUCCAUAAGGAAGGGCAUCACAGGCACCCCCACAAAGGUGUCAGAGACCCACUCCUAGCAGAGGAGCUGCCUCACACAGCCAAGAGUCAGAAAAAGAGGAAGCGUUUGCAGGAUCUCCUUUCUCCCACACUGGAAAUCCCAGAGCCCUGUGACGAGACCGAGCAGGUCACGGCCAUGUCUCUGCCCAAAAAAAAGAAAAAAAGAAGAACCAGUGUCAUGGGUGUAGACGAUGCAACGGGCGUGACCUGUGUCCUGGUGGAUCAGGAAAACACAGAGAACCCGUGGAAGAGCUUGGAAAAGGAUGUCGAUGUGGUUUACAUUGAUGCCAGUCAGCAGCAAAAGGCGCCAGAGAAGCUGAAGGCCGUCAAGCCACUUCCGCUUACUGAGUCACAAAAGAUCCGGGCAGAAGAAGAGUGUGAUGCCGUAAAGGCAAGAAAGCAUAAAAAGCAUCGGAAGAAAGUCGCCUCCCACAAAACUGGCCAAGAAAACCCCCGUGGAGGCCUCAGCCUGCCCGUGUCCACAUCACCCCAGCAGGAACCCCUGCUGCCUGGGGGUCCAGGUGGUGAAAUGGCACCAUUGCUGGUGUCACCUAAGAAAAGCAAGACUAAGAAAAAAAAAAGAAAAAUUUCAAAGAAUCAGGAGGGUGACGUGAGGGUCAGGCCUGAGAGUCCUGAGCCGCUGUGCGUGGAAGCAUUGUCAGCAGCCGGUGAGGCUGGGGCCGAGGGAGGGGGAGGCAGGAAGGAGCCCAGGAGUCAAAAGAAAAAGCGGAAGAAGAGGAAGCAGGGGUCUGUUGCGGGCAUCCCGGCAGCGGGUGAUGACGAGCGCUGGGAUGGUACAGCCUGGGGCCCUCCCGGAGGUGCUGGUGCCGGGUGUGGGCCCAGUGUGAAGCCCAGGCCAGAGGAGCAGAGCCCGGCCGGCUGGCAAGAGGCGCCAAGCUUAGAGCCUGAGGAUGAAGAGGAUUGCGCCCUAGAGUCCAGAGGCGCCGAAACACCUCCCUGCUUGGACGACUCGAGAGCCUCUGACGGCCCGGACGUGGACGUGGGCUUGGACUCCGCCACCAGGCAGCUGCAGGAGUUCAUCCCCAGCAUCAAGGACCGCGCCGCCACCACCAUUAAGCGAAUGUACCGGGACGACCUGGGCCGGUUUAAAGAGUUUAAAGCACAGGGUGUCGCUAUUAGAUUUGGCAAGUUUUCUGCAAAGGAAAAUAAGCAGUUAGAACAAAACGUGCAAGAAUUCCUGUCCCUAACAGGAAUUGAGAAUGCGGACAAGCUGCUGUACACGGACAGAUACCCGGAGGAGAAAUCCGUCAUCACCAACCUGAAGAGGAAAUACGCAUUUCGGGUGCACAUUGGUAAGGGCAUUGCCCGGCCCUGGAAACUCGUGUAUUAUCGAGCAAAGAAGAUGUUUGAUGUCAAUAAUUACAAAGGCAGGUACAGCAAAGGCGAGCUGGAGAAGCUGAAGAUCUACCACUCCCUCCACGGGAACGACUGGAAGAAGAUUGGCGAGAUGGUGGCUCGCAGUAGCCUCUCGGUGGCCCUCAAGUUCUCCCAGAUCAGCAGCGAUCGAAAUCACGGCACUUGGAGUAAGGCGGAGACCCAGAAGCUAGUCAAGGCCGUCGAAGAAGUGAUUCUGAAGAGAAUGUCUCCCCAGGAGUUAAAGGAGGUGGACUGCAAGCUUCAGGAGCACCCCGAAGGUUGCCUGUCCAUCGUCCGGGAGAAGCUUUACAAGGGCAUUUCGUGGGUGGAGGUGGAGGCCAAGGUGGAAACCAGGAACUGGAUGCAGUGCAAGAGCAAGUGGACAGAAAUUCUCACCAAGAGGAUGACGAACGGCCGGGAAGUGUACCGUGGCGUUAAUGCCCUGCGGGCCAAAAUCAGCCUGAUCGAAAGGUUGUAUGAAGUAAAUGUGGAAGAUGCUAAUGAAGUGGACUGGGAAGAUCUGGCCAGUGCCAUCGGGGACGUCCCUCCAUCUUACGUCCAAAGUAAGUUUUACAAACUGAAAGCCACCUGUGUCCCCUUUUGGCAGAAGAAGACUUUUCCAGAGAUCAUAGACUACCUCUAUGAGACUAGUCUCCCUUUGCUGAAAGAGAAGUUACAGAAGAAGCUGGAGCGGAGGGGCACUGACGUCCCGGCCCCCGCAGUGCCCAGGCAGGUCUUCCUGUUCAGAGACAUCUUCUACCACACCGACAGCAGCGAGGGGGAGGACGCCGGUCAGGACGGCUAGGCCGGCGCGGCCGCGGCCACCUCCCGGGCUUGCCCCGACCUGCGCCGUGUCCAGGAGCUGUCAUCAGUGCCGAUGUCCACUGAUGAUGGCCAGAGAGGGCGUGAAACGACACCUUGGAUUGCGGGAUGUCGGGAAAUAAUAUAUUCAUCAUCAAGUUUGGCUGUGACAGGAGUACUCGCACUGAGGUGACAUUUCAGAGCCGUUAGGCUGAAGACAGUUGGCAGCCAGUGGUCUUACUAAACACUGUCCCAGUCCCCGCCGACUGCCGCGGAGGGCGGGGCCGCCCACAAGCCUGCGCGCUGCAGCUGUGGCGUGGCCGGGACGCCGUGGCUUCGGGGUGCACACCCUCCGGCCGCUGCCCCAGCGGUGCGUGUGCGUGCGUGCUUGGCCUCAGGGCGCGUGAGCUUGGAAAGUGCUGGGUUGGGAGCCACCGGUCUGCGUCCCUCACGCAGCCUCAGUCCCACCACCCUCUACAGUCUGGUCACGUUGAAGGCUACUUGGCCUCACCCAGGACGCCCUGUCGGCCAGUCACGGCCUCACCUGCCAUCCGCUGGGAAAUCCAGCCCUAACCGGCAUCCCUCCUCUUGGAGGGCUUGUCGGGAAGGGUGCCCUGUGGGCCGCGGGCAUAGUUCACACCUGGUGGAAUUUCCAGGAUCAUUUUAGCAUUGGGCUAGUGCCUCAGUCAGGAAAAUAAAACCACCCUGAGAUUUCAAACAGGGAUUUGAUGUAGCAAUUUAGGCCACAGAAUUGACCCACAGGCUGGAAGAGGAGGGUGGCUUGCCCGGCGGUGGGGAGCCGAGGAGAGCUGCAGCGCCCACGCCACUGCCUGCAAGCCCUGGUGCCCGCUGCCGCCGCCCUGGAGAGGCCGUGCUCUGUCCCUUUCCUGUCACGCGCCCGCAGCAGCAACCUGCUUCUCCUUGGGCUGCAGCAGCCCCUGCCCCCAGCCUGUGGUCCUCGCUAGCGGCCCCCCUCUCCCCCCGGGGACCCCUUGUCUGCCCUGCUGUUGGCUCCUGGGCGCUGCUGUGGCGGCUGAGUGUGCUCAGUGCAUCUCCCAGUAUCUGCGGCGCUGGGAGAACCCUCCGAGCAGCCCACUAAGGUGUUGGGGUGAGCCCAGCCCCGGAAGGCGCUGUGCAGAUGCACACUCGGACGCCUGGGUUUCCCUGACCGCAGGCACCUCCCUGGAGCCCCGGUGCGCGCCUCCGUGCUCACGGGGUGUUGUGGGCUGCGCGCCUUAGGGAUCAGUCCGCUGAGACGCGUCAGCGCUCACAAAUGUGCAUGUUCUGCGAUGCUGUAAUUUCACAUUGGGAACCUAAAGAAAUAAUUGAGCUAGUGUGUAGGAAUGACCAGGUGGGAUCCCCAUUUUUAUAGUAUGAAAAAGAAAAUAUGUAAAUAGGAAGUUUAUACAUUUCUUAAUCACGAACUUGUUAAAUUGUAUAUUUCUUGGGUGGACUGUUAGGCAGUGGCGGAAUUGCAGUGGUGGAUUUGGAUGGUAUUAUCCAUGGAACAUUUAAUUAUUUCAGAAGAGAUCUAUUUUCUUGAUUUUUGU